UAUUGCUACAAAUGGUGAAAAAAGUGUCGAAGGGAAUCAACGUGUUUAUGAAGUAAUGAAAGACUAUAUUAAAGAUAAUGAUUAUUUGAUUGGUUCGCCUUUUGGUGAAAGAUCAACUGAUACACCAAUCUAUCACAUCGUAGAGUUCAUCAAGGCCAUAAAGAAAUGCCGUAUCGUUGAUAUUUCUUCCACUGACCAAUCGUCAACAGAUAUACAUAUCAACUUCCCAAGUUCGAAGGCCAUAGAAGAUUUUCUUAAGGCUAUCAUCAGUAACGAAUUUCAACAAGAACUGUUUGAGCUUAGACGAUGGCUACAAGUAAAAUAUGACAUUGAAUCACAUGACAUAAUUGCUAAUUGCUCAUCAAAUGGCAUAGAUAAAGCAAAACAACGUCUGCACUUUGCUGACGUAACCAGAAGUAUGACUUGUGCCGAGCAUCAAAAUACACAAUGUACUCUCUAUUGUCCUGACCAUGACACGUUUAUAUGUACAGCAUGCAGGGAAUCAAGACAUAGGUAAUUAUAC